AUGACACAAAACGGAAGGUCCAUGCGUUCUAGGGUCAUGUGUAAUGUUAAGGGUUUAGACAUGUUUCCUGACGCUUAUGUUUUGUACCAUGCGUAUCGGGUCUCGGACCACACCCCUUGCAUUUUAAAGCUUACAAACGUGCCUAAAGGGUCUAAGCCAAAACCGUUCAAGUUCGCGAAUUUUAUUACUUCUAAACCGGAGUUCAGGGUUUGUGUCGAGCGAGAAUGGGUGAAGACGGUUGAUGGGAUUUCUAUGUUCUCGGUUACCUCUAAGUUAAAAAACUUGAAGCCAGGUCUUAGGAAAAUCCUGAACCAACAAGGGAAUUUACACUUAAAGGUGAGUGAGUUGCGUAAAAAGCUUGAUGAGAUCCAAUGCCUUCUAGACAAGAACCCUCUUGAUGUGGAGCUUCGUAAUAAUGAAUCGGAGUGCCUAAAGGAGUUCCAGAUUGCGGCGUAUGAUGAGGAAUGCUUCUUGAAACAAAAAUCAAAGGUUGAGUGGCUUUGUACCGGGGAUUCGAAUACAGCUUUUUUUCACAAUAGCCUGAAAUGUAGAAACGCUAAAAACAAGAUUCAUUGUAUUCGGGAUGUGGCUGGAACCCGAUAUGAAGGGGAUGCGGCUUCGGACGCGUUAGUAAAUCACUACGCGGGCUUCUUAGGAAUGGAGGAUCAAGUUGCUAGUAUUGACUUGUCGGAGGUAUGUGUUAAUACGCUUAGUCCGGAAGUGGCAAGCAACAUGGUCAGACAGGUUACUCCAGAAGAAAUUAAAAAGGCUAUGUUCAGUAUUGGUGAAAAUAAAGCUCCGGGGCCGGAUGGUUACACGUCUGCCUUUUUCAAGCAUGCAUGGGAUAUUGUGGGGGCUGAGGUUACAAAAGCGAUUCUGGAUUUCUUUGAGAACGGUAAAAUUCUGAAGCAGUUGAAUCAUACAAUUUUGGCUCUAAUCCCUAAAGUUGAUACCCCGGAUUCGGUUUUGGAUUACCGUCCAAUAUCUUGUUGCAAUGUUCUCUACAAAUGUAUAAGUAAAAUUAUAACGGAAAGAUUAAAGGGGUGUUUGGAGACCCUGGUUAGCAUUAAUCAAUCGGCGUUUGUGCCUGGUAGGAGGAUAUCGGAUAAUAUCCUCUUGACGCAAGAACUGAUGCAUAAUUACCAUCUAAACAAAGGCCCGCCAAGGUGUGCAUUCAAAAUUGACAUUCAAAAGGCGUAUGACACUGUUAGUUGGUCGUUUCUAGAACAGAUUCUUUGUCAGUUUGGUUUGCAUAGAAAGAUGGUAAACUGGAUUAUGGCGUGUGUUACCACGACUACCUAUUCAUUGAGUAUAAAUGGUAAUCUCCAUGGGUUCUUUAAGGGGAGAAGGGGGCUUCGUCAAGGAGAUCCAAUGUCUCCUUAUUUGUUCACUCUUGUCAUGGAGGUGCUCACUUUACUCCUUCAACAUAAUGCUCGUUCAAGCACAACGUUCAAGUAUCAUGCAAAAUGUGUAAAGCAGAAAAUUAUUAAUGUCUCUUUCGCUGAUGAUUUGUUUAUUUUUGUUCAUGGGAGUGUCUCUCCGGUAAACAGAAUAAAGGAGGCGUUGGAGUUGUUCACUAAUAUUUCGGGACUAGUUCCGAGCCCUGCAAAGAGUACGGUCUUUUUCUGUAAUGUUAGUCAGCAGGUUAGACAGCAUAUUCUCAACAUUAUGCCGUUUCAGGAAGGCACCUUGCCUGUUCGGUAUCUUGGUGUGCCGUUGAUUACCACGAGGUUAAUGGCAAAAGAUUGUAAGUUGCUGGUGGAUCGUAUGGAGAAGAAAAUUGAUAACUGGAUGACAAAGACUCUCUCGUUUGCGGGUAGGUUGCAGCUGGUUAACUCUGUUCUUUCAGCCAUGCAUUUAUAUUGGGCUUCGGUAUUCAUGAUUCCGGCUCGUGUUACCAAGGAGUUAGAAAAGCGUAUGCGGCGUUUUCUUUGGAAUGCAGGUACGAAUGGGAGAAUCAAAGCAAAGGUGGCGUGGAAUGAUAUAUGUUUGCCAAAAGCGGAAGGUGGUUUGGGUAUUAGAUGUAUUGCGGAUGUCAACAGGGCCCUCAUUACUAAGCAUAUUUGGAGUAUCCUCUCAAAAAGGAACUCGUUAUGGGUGCAGUGGAUCUAUACUCAUAAACUGAAAAAUCAGAAUUUUUGGGAGGUUCAAGGUAAAGGUAGUAUGACGUGGGGUUGGAGGAAGAUUUUAUCCAUUCGGAAUGCGGUUCGGCCGUUUUUUUGGAGCAUUAUUCGGAGUGGUAAGCAAACGAAUGUGUGGAGCGAUAAUUGGUGUCACUUGAGUCCUCUUAGGUCUUUUAUAACACCAAGACACAUUGCGAACGCGGGGUUUAAUCUUCAAGACACGGUGGCAGAAUUACUAGAUGAGAAUGGGCAGUGGAAAUGGCCCCAAGCAUGGUACGAUGUAUACCCGGUUCUGAUUGGGUUAACUGUUAAUCAACAGGACCCCCAGUUAGCGGACCGAAUGGUUUGGAAGGACGUAGAGGGUCAUGAUCAGCACUUUAGCUCAUUGGAAGUAUGGCAUACAUUACGGACUCGUGACACUCCAGUUAAGUGGGCUAGUAUGGUUUGGUUUAGUCAAUGUAUCCCGAGACACUCAUUUCAUCUUUGGUUAGUCAUAAAAAACAAGCUCAAAACACAAGAUCGAUUGGCGGUAUGGGAAGUGGGCAGCGAAACGAACCGGAGACUCAUGUGUUGUCCUCUUUGUAAACAUGGUACGGAUUCUAGAGAUCAUUUAUUUUUCGUGUGUCGUUUUGCUUCACAAGUCUGGUCGAACAUAAGGAUGUUGGUGGAAUUGGAUAACGUUAAUGAUUCUUGGACCUCGAUUGCGGAUUGGAUGGAACACAAUUCGGAUUCCAAAAGAUUCAAACACAUCGUGUGUAAGCUAGCAAUAUCGGCCUCAUCUUAUUACAUAUGGCAAGAGCGGAAUAAUCGGCUGUUUACGUCAAAGGAGUGUACGGCUAAACAGGUGAUCGAGAAGAUUAAAAACAUUGUCCGGCUUCGGCUAAUGGGUUUCGUUUACAAAGGAGAUAUGGAUUAUCAAAGGACGCUUACAAAGUGGCAGAACCUGUGUAGGGCAUCGGAUGAAGACCCGGGCUAA